AUGGACAACUUAAUAGCCUCUCCGGCGUCGUCGCCGGCAUCACCACCGACCCUUCGCCCGCCUCGUGAGACGUCAUCACCGCCAUCAUCGCCGCUCUCCGAGUUCUCAAAGACCCCAUCACCGCCUUCGUCGCCCUCCUUGCUUGCCUUGGACCCGUCUAAGCGGUAUCCGUCGCCAAGCGCAACAUCACAGUCGGGCGGUGCGUCUCCUCGCAAAAUGGACCGCGAUGGCGAUGGCGAUGGCGAUGGCGACGGGCCACCGCCUGCGAAGAGGCGGCGCGUGCAGCCCCCUCCGAAGCGCCCACGAAUGACGCGGCAUCUCGACCUCAAUGGUAUGGCUGGCUCCGACGCCUGCGAAGAGGAACUGGGAUACCUCAUUCGGGCACUCCGCAAAAAGAAGAAGAUUGUUGUCAUUGCUGGCGCUGGCAUUUCCGUCUCUGCAGGAAUCCCCGACUUCCGGUCAUCUACUGGCCUCUUCACCACCCUUCGCGGCCAGCACGGCCUCAAGGGCUCCGGCAAACACCUCUUCGACGCCUCUGUCUACAAGCACGACUCGUCUACCUCCUCCUUCCAUUCGAUGGUCCGCGAAUUGGCCCACAUGACCGAUGCGGCCGUACCAACGCCUUUCCACCACAUGCUUGCAUCCAUUGCGCACGAGGGCCGCCUCAUGCGCCUCUAUUCACAAAACGUCGAUUGCAUCGACACAAAGAUGCCCCCGCUUGCCACCAACGUACCACUCAACGUCAAGGGCCCGUGGCCGACGACCGUCCAGCUGCACGGAGGCCUUGCGAAGAUGGUCUGCUCAAAGUGCGGCCAGCUGGAGGACUUUGACGGCUCUCUUUUCGACGGCCCCGAAGCGCCAGCCUGCUCUCAAUGCACUGUUAUGGACGAGGUGCGCACAGCGGUUGCCGGCAAGCGCAGCCACGGUAUUGGGCGUCUGCGCCCCCGCAUUGUUCUGUACAACGAGUACAACCCCGACGAGGAGGCGAUUGGCAUGGUGUCGAAAGCGGAUCUGCGCCGCGGCGCCGACGCUGUAAUCGUGGUUGGCACGAGUCUCAAGAUCCCCGGUGUGCGUCGUCUCGUCAAGGAGCUGUGCCACACGACCCGCAGCCGCCGCGACGGCUUUACGGCUUGGAUCAAUGUCGAUCCCGAACCGCAGGGUGCCGAGUUCAAGGACUGUUGGGACCUCAUCGUUCGCGGCAGCAGUGACGAUGUCGCACGCUUGACUGGACUCCCGCACUGGGAUGCUCCUGAUGUGGGCAGCCCGAGCAGCUGGGGCGUUACCGGCGACGAGGACCUUGGCUCGCUGAAGCUGGAGGUCGUUCUAGAGGACCGCUCCCCAGCCAAGCCCCGUGCCAGCAAGGCCGGCGAGAAGACCACCAAGAAGGAGCCGAGCAGCACCCCGCGGAAGGCUCUUCCCAAACCACCUAGCAAGGCCAAGAUUCUGACCAAAUCAACAUCAUCACCCACCGCCGCCAUGCCGACACCGAUUUCGAGCCCGAAACCCGCCAGAAAGCGCCUACCCGAGGCCCGGCAGAGCAAGCUUCCGUUCCAGCAGGUCAAGAAGGGCGACAAGGCCGCCCAAUCAAGCGCUGCGACCGAGAAGCAAAAGGACUCAAAGCCGCCCGUUGCCGUCAAGAAGGCGGCUGUGGCCUCGAAGCUACCUACGGCUGCCAAGAAAGAGCGCCAUGCCCUCCCAGCCAGCAAACCGCAAGACCGCAUCGUGGUGCAAGGCAAGGUCACGAAGGCCAAGAAGGAGGACAAGGCCCCAACGAAGAGUAUUGCACUCACGUUCCGCGCCACGAAGCACAUUCCUGCCUCGACACCUGAGGUCAAGAAGCGGAAGCCAUUGCCAUCUGGGAAAUCAAAGGUCAAUACCAGCGACAAGCGCGCCGGCUGCAAUACGUCCGUUGUCGCGGCGGAUGUUUCUGGGCUCUCCGACCUGUCCGACCUCUCGUCACCUCCGGAGAGCAUCAAGCGUCAGUUGUCCGCAGACUUCUCGAUGCUGCCGAGCCUGCGUGACAGCGCCGGCAGCAGCCCGCUCGCGCGCGACCGAUAUGUACUUGGUAAGGAGAACCGCUUUUCGGAAGACGCCAUCCAGCGCGCUCUCGACGGUAAGAUCCGGCAGCCGUCCUCCCUGUCACUCGAGCAUCCCACACCACGCACUCCGCCGUCGUCGAGUAGCCGUCGUGGAUCCGACGCCAAAACGAUUUCGCCAGAGUCGAUUCCCAACGGCAUGACUCCUCUGAUCGACUAA